GGGCUAGGAGCUGUCUAUGGAAAUCAGUGUAAUGUGUUUUAUCGGUGACAACAGGCUGAUGUCACUCGGGCUCCAGGGAAGGUCCUCUUUACACAGCUCUGCUAUCGAGGUGGAAGCAAACCUAACCGAUACUGGAGGGAGAGCGGCUGAACUUUGCUCAGGGCUACCUGGGAGUGGUUGUCUCACCUGUGACGGGGCUUUACCUGGGGAGAAGAUGAUGCCUUGUAAUGCUGCAGAGCCAAACAGAAAUCUGCAGCACCCACUGUAAGAAUGACUCUGAUUCCAUCUACUGAAAGAAGUUACCUGAAAAGAAUUGAUGAGAGGCCGCCAGAAGAUGACAUUUUUUACAUGUAUGGAUCUACAGCGGCUCAUAUCACAGAGGAAACCGAAUAUGUGCGCAAGAUCAGAGGAACUUUAGAGAAGAUUCAAAGUCAGCUGUUUACAGAUGAAAGUAAUGGGAAGACUGCACUGGAGGGGAAUGCCUCCCACCUACAACAAAAUGGCUGCACACAAGAGGACAAUUCUUUUGCCUCACGGUACAAGAGAAUCGCUGAGAAGUUAAAGGACCAGGACCUGCAGUUUGAAGAUGUGCACAGAGAAAAUGAAGAUCUACAGAUAAAGCUGGAAGCGACGCGUGAAGCCGGAGCGGGAGCACUAAGAGACGCCACGCGUAAGCUGUAUGAAAACUACGGCAAACAGUCUGAGCAACUACGGAAGAGUCAUGAAGAAGAGAAACAGAAAUUGCAGAUUGCUGCCGUCCAACAUGAAGAUCAAUUUAAGAAAAGUGUUCAGAAACUGAACGAGGUGGCUGAGAAGAUACAAGAAAAACAUGGACGAAUCCUCGAACUGGAGAAGCUGAUGGAGAGAAUGGAAGACGAAAAAGCAGCAUUGAUGGAAAAGAAGCAUUUACUGGAGAAUGAACUGAUCAAACAAACAGGAGAUCCAUUCAACAGGAACGGUUGUGUGGCAAUGCAGACAAAAGUCUCUACAGUACAAGAGCAGAUUGACCACCUGCAACACCUCAUGAUGUCACAGCACCAACAUCUCCGGGCUCUGAUCCAGGAGCGUGAAGAUUUAAAGGAACAUCUGAAGGAGCAGGACAUCACCAUCGGGGAAUUAAAGGAAAAAGUAAAUGUUCUGGAAUCUCAGAACAAAGAGCUGAAGUAUAAAGUAGAUCACUGGUCCAGCCCAAGCAAGUUGAAAAUGGCCAAAGGAACAUCUGUAACCGAAUCAAUGUUUGGCAGUGACAACCGUACCCCUUACUAUAUGCUGCUGAAGCACAAGAACCCUAUGGGGAACAGCUGAUAGUGGCUUCAUACCAAUCAAUCCUCAUCUGCUGGACUUACUACUUGGCGGAGUUUCAUUUCAACGUCUAUGUCACCAUCCGCUCUCUUCAGCGCUCAGCUGUCCAC